GCCCCAGCUGCGGCCCCUACCAUUUAACAGCAAAGAGGGACGCUAUGUCUGGUCACGGCAACAGCGGAGGCAAGGCCCGUGCUAAGGCCAAGUCUCGCUCGGCCCGGGCUGGGCUUACGUUCCCGGUAGGGCGCUUUCACCGGCUACUGAGGAGGGGGAACUAUGGGAGACAAGUGGGCUCUACUGCGGUGGUGUAUCUGGCGGCCGUGCUCGAGUACCUGACUGCUGAGGUCCUGGAGCUCGCGGGCAACGUAGCACGAUAUCACAAGAAGCAGCGCAUCAUUCCCCGUCACAUACAGCUAGCCGUGCGCUAUGACCAAGAGCUCAAUAAGCUGUUGGGCGGCGUUGUCAUCGCGCAGGGCGGCGUCCUGCCCAACGUCCACCCUGCGCUGCUGCGCAAGAAGACCGGAAAGAAGCGCAGCAAGUCGCAGAAGAACUAG